AUGGUACCCUACGGCCUGACAGACCACUGGUUUGCAGUAAGGGUGACGCUCAAGGCGGCGGCAGCAGAUGAUCAUGGGCCGGGGUUGUGGAGGCUCCAGAUGCCUCGGUCCGGGGGUGAUGGUGUCAAGAACAUCGUCUCGGCGAUGGUGUCGUCACAUGAGAGCUGUCCGGAUCAAAGCUUGGAGAGACUUGUGGUGAACCUGCGUGCAUGUAUGCGUGCUCACGUAACAGAAGAGAGAAAGAGGGUGAGAGCGACUUUGUUACACCUGGAAUGGAAGGUGGAAGAGCUGCGAUGGAAAGUGAUGGCGGACGCCUCAUCGCAGGCCCUAUACGAGGAGCUGGUCAAGGCUGAGGCAGCACUUAAACUCUAUCAGGAUGAUAGCAAGGAGCGGCUACAGGUCAUGACGGGGCUGCUGGUGGAGCUGGCCAGUGAAACGCCUUCGGGUUUCCUGUCGGGUUUGGUCAAAUCGAGAAAGGCAAAGACGGAAAUUAUGGAGCUGGUAUACAAGGGGGUACAGAUGAAAGGGGCGAAGGAAGUACUGCAGGCGGCUUCUGAACAUUUCAGGGAAGCGUACGCGGAGGCAGCGCCUGGUCGCACCGCGGAGCCAUGGCCGAUAGAUGAGGGAAGGAAGCUGCAGGAUACGGACAAGCUGCAGCUGGAUGCGGAGUGGUCGGAGCAAGAGGUGAAGGUAGCGCUCAGAGGCUUACCAGUGGGGAAGGCCCCGGGGCAGGAUGGGCUGCCGAAGGAGUUUUUUUAA